CCCCAUCUACCCCGCCCCGCCCGCGUCGUCGUCGUCUUCUUCGACCUCUGAUCAAAUGGCGACGCUCACAAAAACCUUCAAAAAGGUUCCCAGCGGAGGUGGGCUACCCAAGCGCAAGCGCACGGCCUCGUUCGACGCGGGAAGCGAAAGUCCAGAUUCGUCUGCGCGCGAGGUGCAGCGGAAACCUUCAAGAGACGGACCGAAGAAGAAGAAGGCGAAUCGCGCCUGCUUUCACUGCCAAAAAUCGCAUCUCACCUGCGAUGACUCGCGCCCUUGUCAGCGCUGUAUCAAGCGCGGUAUCGCCGACAACUGCACAGAGGGUCACCGAAAGAAGGCCAAGUACCUCCUGGACGACGAGGAACUAGCCGAACUGAAGAACAAGAACAAUAGCCAUUCAGCGAAAACCGUGACGCCAACGCCGGUGCCGCCACCACCGACAACGACCCAAGCUCCGACGUACGAUACAGCGCCAUUACCGACGUCGGAACCCUUCCUCCCUAAUGACCCAUUAUUCAACGUUUCCUUCGAUCCCAACUUCCCAUUCGGAUCCGAGGCCGCCAACCUCGAGUAUUCCAUUCUCUCCGCCAUCCUUGGCGGCCCUAGUCCCCCAGAAGUCGACCUCGAGCAGGCACUCCGAGACGAGCUCGCCUUGACCGAGCUUCACGCCAACAACGAUGCAGAAGGUCUCGAUACCCGUGGACACGAAGGCUCGCCCGAACCGUAUAUGCAGACGCUCAUGGAGCCGUCCUGGCCUGUCAGCUCGCCAUUAGCGAGUACUCUUCCACUUGCUGCUUUGGGCGACUUCCCCUCCGCGUAUCGCAAUCGCACAUAUGGAAGCUCGCAGCUCUCGGUUGCCCCUGGGCAGACCACCGGUGACGCCGAUGGCCUCGCCGACGACUUCAUCACGCUGCAAUACUCGCCACAACAAGAGCGCGAGCAGCACCAGUCCCUCCUCUCGACGUCUCCGCGGUUGGGCUCCGCCCGGUUGUUCUCAGAUAGCGUCGAUUCGGGCGAAUUUGGGGCGGACAAGGCGGUCAAGUCGAGUGUGUACGAGAAGGUCACGGCACCGUAUGACUACACGGAGGGGUAUCACGCGCUUAUGAAGCAUCUCUCGAGUCGAUUCGAGAAGAAUGAUAUACUGCGUAUCGUCCGCGCAUUGGCAAUCUUUCGUCCUUCCUUGAUUGCGUUGCAAUUGCCGUUAUCAGAGGAGGAUGAGGUGUUCGUGGAAAAAUGUUUCCAGCGGUCAUUGCUUGAGUUGAACAAGCUCAUCUCGUUCAGUGGGACGCCAACCGUGGCGUGGCGACGAACGGGCGAGAUAUGUUUGGUCGGCGCCGAGUUCAGCACACUAACAGAGUGGUCGCGUGAAUCGCUGCUGGGCCAGCGAAAGUACAUCUGGGAGCUCUUCGAAAAUCAAUCCGUGGUCGAGUACUGGGAAAAUUUUGCCUCGCACGCUUUCGAAAACACGACACAAUCUGUCUAUGCUCACUGCAUAUUACUCAAGCCGUCCGGCACGCCGGUGCCUUGCACCUUCUGCUUCUCGAUACGUAGAGACAUGUUUGACUUGCCGAGUCUCGUCAUCGGACAAUGGUUGCCGUUGUUAUAGCAGUAAUCUUGUCGGCGUUGGACACCGGAUGUUGUUCUAUACUUAUUUAUGACCUCGGUCUAGGUAGUUUCAUCCUUAGACGUAUCUCAUCGCUUGAUUGCUCUCGCUUCUUGUUCUCAGCAUCGCUACUUUUCCGGCAUCUUAUUCUAUCGCAUCCUUAUACUUGCGAACUACGCUUAUUCUCUCCGUCAAAAAACGUUAGCCUCGGGUUGUUCACGCAAACCGAGCGGUACUUUUCCUGUCCAGAUGUUGCAUUACUAUGGCCCUCAUCCUAUCGUUCUAGCUUUUGUACGAAACCCAACUACAUAGC